GGGGGGGGGGGGGACACACACUACCAAAAACCAAUUAAUAACUAAUCAAUGGUUCCAAAUGUUUCUGCUUUGAUUGUGCAAGUAUUCCUGCAUGGCAGAAUGGGGUUAGAGUGGAUGGCCCUUGAGAUCUUGUCCAACACUAUGAUUCUAUGAAAAUAAGUGCAAUUUACAAUCACCCCACAACUCCCCCUGACAUCCCAUACUUUUAGGAAUCAGGGGAGGAUGCUAAAGAGGAAAAUGGCCUGGUAUUGAGCAGCGAGGCAUAUCAUGUGCCACCAUUCACUUCCUGCAUCUUUUCUAGGCUCAUCUAUUUAGACCCUCACCCUACAAGCCCAACCAGUCACCCAGCCACUAUUUCUACAGCAGGGACCCUCCUCCCUGCUUUGCAGCUUCAUCCCUCCAUCUCCAUCCCUCCAUCCUCCAAGAUGAAAGACAGCAGCAGGUCCAUCCCUUUCCCUUCCCAGCCAAUCCUCUGCUUCAUCAGAUGAUGUCAUCUCCAACAUCUGGCCAAUGGCAGGGCCCACAGCUGGGAGAGCAUCUUCUUUGCUGCAAAACAGAGGAGGGCUGGGGAGGGAGGCAAAGAGCUGCUGGAAGGGGGGAAAUCUGGGGAAGAGGGAGCCAGAGGCAGAUACUGUGAAAAAGAGGGACCAGUCUUCUCCCAGAGAGAAACCCUUCGCCUAUCCUCUUGCUCUGCAGGACCAGACAGCACCUGCUUGGAAGGAGAGAACACUGGAUCCAAAGCACAGAGGAAACGGCAAACUAAACCCAGGGAACUACAACAUCCUACCUAGCCUUGUCCUUUUUGUCCACUUAAAAUAGCAGGACACCGAGGUUUUCUGCAUGUCUGCCUGCCAGUAUGUCAACCAUCAGCCCUGAAUAUGACUAUUUGUUUAAACUGCUGCUGAUUGGUGAUUCUGGCGUUGGGAAGUCGUGUCUCCUGCUCCGCUUUGCAGAUGAUACCUAUACAGACAGCUACAUCAGCACCAUCGGUGUAGAUUUCAAAAUCAGAACAAUUGAGUUGGAAGGAAGGACAAUUAAGCUGCAAAUUUGGGACACAGCAGGGCAGGAGCGCUUCCGAACGAUCACGUCCAGCUAUUAUCGAGGCGCGCAUGGCAUCAUCAUUGUGUAUGAUGUGACCGACCAGGAUUCGUUCAGCAACAUGCAGCUCUGGAUGGAGGAGAUCAACCGCUACGCCAGUGAGAAUGUGAACAAGCUGAUUGUAGGAAAUAAGAGCGACCUUACUAGCAAGAAAGCAGUGGACUACACCACAGCCAAGGAAUAUGCAGACUCCCUCGGGGUGCCCUUCUUAGAGACCAGUGCGAAAAACGCCACCAACGUUGAACAGGCAUUCCUGACUAUGGCAGCUGAGAUCAAGAACCGAGUGAGCAGCGGUCCCACCCAGAACGACAGCCACAAAUCCAACCUCCACAUCCAGAGCGGCCCCCUGCGGCAAGAGGGAUCGGGCCAAGGAGAAGACGGAGGCGGAAGCUGCUGCUAAAGAGCACUCACCCCAAGAGCAAGGAAAGUGGAAGGUUUGGAGAGUGUGUGUGUGUUGGGGUCAGCAACCCUGGGGCCUACAUAACAACUAAAGGCACCUGGACUACCCUUUUCUGCAUAGCAUCCCUACUUGUCUUUAUAGACUUGGAAUGCACAAUGAGACUUCUGCUGGUAAAGCAGCCUUGGCUAAUCUUUGUUUCCUUCAUCCUACUCUUCUGACUUUGGAGCCGUAAUAUCUGUUCCUGCCCAGCCACCACCUUGUAACUUGCCGCAUAUGCAGCACAAUUCCCCCGAUGCUGACAACGCUCCCAUUUAGUCCACUGGGAGGACAUGAACGUCCCACUAAACUAGACUGUCCAAAAGUAUAGGAGCUGGCCAAGUUACACAACAAGGGAAAGCCAGGAGUUCCAAAACAUGUUGAGGAAGGGGAAAAGGUUUUCAUACAAGGAUCAUUCAUCUGGAACUAUCAUGAUUUCCUGAUCCUUCUGCCUUUGAAACGGGCACAUCCACCAUUUGGAGCAUGCGCUGAACAUCACUUCAUGGGCUACUAACCACCAUAUCCCUUCCACCACCCCCAUCACACACACACACAUACACACACCAUCAGUCUCUUAUUUCAUUUUGGAAAGUUUUAAGACUAAUAUAAACAAUGGAUGGCUUCAUUCUGCUCCUUCACAGCCACUGCUAUUUGGUACUUCCAGGGACAAAACUACAUUCCACACAUGCAUUAGUUUUAUACCACUUUAACUCUCAUGAAUGUUGGGAAUUCUGGUUUGGGGAAGGUCCGGAGAAAUUUCCAUUUGCUCUUUUCCAUCCCCAGUUUUUCCCCUCUCUCCCUGCAAAGAACUUCAGAUCCUAAGUUCCCUACAAAUGAAAAGGAGGGAAAAAACUAUUAACCAGACACAGAAAGACUAUGCUUCUCCAGCCCUCCUUCACUGUCUUCCCAAUGCUGAUACUACUAAAACACUUCCAGCUAGAAAGAGGAGGAGAAUACAAAGACUCUAUAAAAAGAAGAUUCGCUGUCAGUGGCUUUAAGAACUGAGGUAUGCCUGUGCUGCACAACGAUGUGUGAUUCUGCUCUGUGUGUAUGGUGUACAAUGUAAUACAAUGCUGAUGCCGAACACAUCAGUGCAUUUCCUCUGUGUGUGACUGUCUGCAUACACACACAAUUUGAGAGUCGCACAGAGGUGAUGUAUUAGUUAUAGGAGCCAAAACACUGUGGGAGAAAAUAUUUGGAACUGGGAAUCCGACAGCAUUAAUGCUGAAAAUCUUUAAUCUGAUGGUAUGAAUAUCCAAGGGUAGUACCAUGAACCCUAAACAAAUUUUGGAGAGAUUAUAAUUUAACAAAAGACUAAAACGAGGAAGAAUAGAUGCAGAAACAAGGGGGGUGUUCCCAUUCGCCUAUAAAGCGGAUCAUGAUGCGCUCACACCCUUAAUAUUGUACAGUACAGUACAGACUCUGUCUGGAACAACUGGAGUAGUACCAACAGGCUUCAGCUUACACCCUUCUUAGUAUUGUACCCACUUUGCCUGGAACAACUGGAGAUUCCUAAAGAAACAGUCAUCCUGCUUCCAUGUAUUUCAUAGACCAGAAGGAAAAAGAAAGUAGCAGUACCUUAAGCAUUUGGAGAGCUUGUACCGGUUUAAAUGCUUGCUUCCCAGUUCUGGCAGGCUUCAAAGAAGUAGACAGGAAAAGUCAGAUCACUCAAUACUUCUCUUCCUCUAGGCAAGAAGAGCUAUGCAGGUUCUUUUCUCUCUCUCUCAAUCUGGAGAAGCACAGAACAGCCUUCUAUGAGAGUAGAAAGUCUCUGGCAACUUUCACUGUUUCUAUCCGAACUGCCUUCUCUUAAUGAAAUUCAGUCUAAUAAGAAUAGUAUAUUGCAGGGUCGGGCAAAGCAUGGCCCAGAGGUCUGUUUUUGCCAACCCCAGCAUUGCAAAAUGUGUUUUGGCCCCCCAAAGUACCCCCAAAUGUGCUCUAGAGAGUUUUUGCCAUGUUCUUUUCAGUCUUGGAAACUGUCUGGAGAACGGGAGAAACAGUAACUGGACAUGACCCAAGGGCUUAGCGUUAUAGAGGAGCCAGGCCCACCAACUUUACUUUUCAGACUCCUUUUUACCUCAUCUAUCAACAAUGCAACUUCUGCAUGACUUGAAUUUUAAAUUGCACAGGCAAAAGAGGCAGGCUGUGUGUGUAAUUUCUUUUUUUUCAAACAAUUCCAUACUUUUUGUCUGGUUGCAUACUUCAAAAAACAAAUACGCAAACCCUGCAAUAAUGGAUCCCUUCCCAGUUCAUCCCCAUUUACCCUGAACUUCCCUUCCCAUAUUUUGUGUGUCAACAAUAAACCAUCUUCAUCCUC